CCUUAAAAACACGCACCUCUCUGUAUUUUUUUUCUGCUGACCAGCUGAUGUACCUGACUGCUUCUCCUCUUCCCCACAGGCACCAUGGUGCGCAUGAACGUUCUAGCCGAUGCUCUCAAAAGCAUCAACAAUGCAGAGAAACGUGGGAAACGCCAAGUUCUCAUUAGGCCGUGCUCCAAAGUAAUCGUCCGGUUUUUAACUGUGAUGAUGAAGCACGGUUACAUUGGAGAAUUUGAGAUAAUUGAUGACCACAGAGCUGGGAAGAUUGUUGUCAAUCUCACAGGCAGACUCAACAAGUGUGGUGUAAUCAGUCCCAGAUUUGAUGUUCAGCUGAAGGAUUUGGAAAAGUGGCAGAACAACCUACUGCCUUCACGUCAGUUUGGGUACAUUGUUCUGACAACCUCAGCUGGCAUCAUGGACCACGAGGAGGCUAGGCGAAAACACACAGGAGGCAAAAUCCUGGGAUUCUUUUUCUAAAACUUGUAAAAAAAGAGGAUACUAAUAAAUCGUUCAAAUGGA